GCCGCCGCCGCCAUGCACGACGCCUUCGAGCCGGUGCCGAUCCUGGAGAAGCUGCCGCUGCAGAUAGACUGUCUGGCGGCCUGGGGAGAAGAGGAGGCGCAGGGGAAGCAAGAUCUUGUUAAAUCACAAGUAGCUUUGAGAAAAUAUGGUGUGAAAAAGGGAAAGAGGAAUGGCUGCUCGUUGGCACCAAACAAGGACACCUUCUUCUUUACAGGAUCAGGAAGGAUAUAGGUGAGCUUGUACAAACAAAGCCAAGCUUUUGCGCAAUAUUAUGCCAAUGUAUCAUUCUCAACUCUUCAGUGACUCGAAUACUGGUAUCCUGGUACAUUUAGUAUACUAAACAGCAGACUGUCACCUAUAGUUUAUGAAAAUGUUUAUACGGGGCCACUGCAGUAUGUACAGAUCUUACUUUCCUUUCCUUCUUUUCUGUUUACUGUCUUAUAGAGUUUACCAUCUGCUUUAAAAUUACCCUUUCUCUCACGAUUCCACCAAAGCUGAUACUAAUCUCUGAACUAUAACAGUUUCCACAUUUGUAUUUACAGUAAAUUAGUGUAAUGUGCAUGAAUAAAAUACCCACCAUGCAUAAACUCUAACAGAACCUAGUGAAUAGAUCAGAUUGGCAAUGCAGUAAAAGGGCAACUUAAUUAAAACGCGAGGCCUACCAUCUUGAUCAAUAUACAUAAUAAAAUUAAACCUGGUUCAGAAUCUUAACAUUCUAAUCUAGACCAAAAAGUAUUCCCCUCUCUGUCUUUUGAGGAAGCAGUCACAAGUGGCCUUAGUUCAUUCUGGUGAUGCCACAAAGAGCGCCUAUUGUAUUUAGAAUCAGAUAUAAAAUUACUCAUGUUAAACAGAUCUAUAUCUCAGCUAUUUACCAGUUAUAAUGUGCAGAAAGCUAUACUAUUAAGUGUACCUAAUUUAAUAGCUCAUUGGAUUGCAAAGUAAAAAGAUGUGGCACAUCUGUCCCAAAUUACACCUGCUCUCAGAAGGAAGCUAUUUCUAUUGUAGCCACUUGGAUUACUAAACCCUAAUUCCAGUUCAUUUUUCCCAGCCUCCAUAGGCAGUCUGUUUCAAUAGAUCAUGCUGACUUGAGUUGCUAGUGUCUUUUGUCUCACUUGGUAAAUUUCUCCCCCUUUUUGCAUCAAUACCAGGAGAGGUUACGUCAUCAGAAAGUGGCUGUAAGUUUGUAUCCAUACAACUUUUAAACCCUUGUAGUGAAGUAUUUUAUUCUUUGUCCAUCUUGCAGUGAUGUGCUUCCUGGAGAUCUGAGUUGCUGGUAUUUGAUUGGCUGGGAAAAAAGGUGCUUUAGUGCUGUCUUCAUAGCUUGGGGUUUUUAAAUAUUAUAUUAGGAUCUGAGAUUACAAGGCAAGGAUUUAGCUAAUGAUGGGACCUUCAGAUUUGCUGACUUCAUGAAGUUAAACCACGUUUUUGGACUCCCCAGCUAGAUAUCAAUGACAACCUCAGAUUCCCCAAAGUGGUUUAAGAAAAAGGAAGCACACACUUCUUACAAGACAUGCAAGCUUCUCGCAUUAGCUGCUUAAUUUGAAAUCUGCUAUAAUUUUGUGGGAUUUAGAGUAAAAGUUUAUGCAGUAAUAAAUCUGAAGGCAACUAUGAUUUUAUGUCACUCGUUAAUCUCUGCUUGGUAGGUUGCAACAGAUUUGAAGUGACACUAGAGAAAUCCAACAAGAACUUCUCAAAAAAGAUUCAGCAGAUUCAUGUUGUUUCCCAGUUUAAAAUUCUGGUCAGUUUGUUAGAAAAUAACAUUUAUGUCCACGACCUGUUGACAUUUCAACAAAUCACCGCAGUCUCUAAGGCAAAAGGUGCAUCUCUGUUCACCUGUGACUUACAGCACUCUGAUACAGGGGAGGAGGUGCUGAGGAUGUGCGUGGCAGUGCGGAAGAAGCUACAGCUGUAUUUCUGGAAGGACAGGGAGUUCUAUGAGCUACAGGGGGACUUCAGUGUACCGGAUGUGCCCAAGUCUAUGGCAUGGUGUGAAAAUUCUAUCUGUGUAGGUUUCAAGAGAGACUAUUAUCUGAUAAAGGUGGAUGGAAAAGGGUCCAUCAAAGAACUGUUCCCCACAGGGAAGCAGCUUGAACCAUUGGUGGCUCCCUUAGCAGAUGGAAAAGUUGCAGUUGGUCAAGAUGAUCUAACGGUAGUACUUAACGAAGAAGGGAUUUGUACUCAGAAAGGUGCCUUGAAUUGGACAGACAUUCCCAUAGCUAUGGAACAUCAGCCUCCAUACAUCAUUGCGGUGCUACCAAGGUAUGUGGAGAUUCGCACUUUUGAACCCCGGCUGCUGGUGCAGAGUAUUGAGCUGCAAAGACCACGCUUCAUCACCUCCGGAGGUACGAAUAUUGUGUAUGUGGCCAGCAAUCAUUUUGUUUGGCGUCUCCUUCCAGUCUCCAUAGCAACCCAGAUCCAGCAGCUUCUCCAAGACAAGCAGUUUGAAUUGGCUCUGCAGUUGGCGGAAAUGAAAGAUGAUUCAGAUAGUGAAAAGCAACAACAGAUUCAUCACAUUAAGAACCUUUAUGCCUUUAACCUCUUCUGCCAGAAGCGCUUCGAUGAAUCCAUGCAGGUUUUUGCCAAGCUUGGUACAGAUCCCACUCAUGUGAUGGGUCUGUAUCCUGACUUGCUGCCCACUGAUUACAGGAAACAGUUGCAGUAUCCUAAUCCUCUGCCUGUGCUCUCUGGGGCUGAGCUGGAGAAAGCACACUUAGCACUCAUAGACUAUCUAACUCAGAAAAGAAGUCAGCUGGUAAAGAAGUUAAAUGACUCAGACCACCAGUCCAGCACCUCACCCCUCAUGGAAGGAACACCCACCAUCAAAUCCAAAAAGAAGUUGCUCCAAAUCAUUGACACCACCUUGCUCAAGUGUUACCUACAUACAAAUGUAGCUCUGGUAGCACCGUUGCUACGUCUGGAGAACAAUCACUGCCACAUAGAAGAGAGUGAGCAUGUACUGAAGAAGGCACACAAGUACAGUGAGCUGAUAAUACUGUAUGAGAAGAAAGGGCUGCAUGAAAAAGCUCUGCAGGUGCUAGUGGAUCAAUCAAAGAAAGCCAACUCACCUUUGAAGGGCCAUGAAAGGACAGUGCAGUAUCUACAGCAUUUGGGCACAGAAAACUUGCACUUGGUGUUCCUCUAUUCCACGUGGGUGCUCAGAGACUUUCCUGAUGAUGGUUUGAAGAUAUUUACAGAAGACCUUCCUGAAGUAGAAUCCUUGCCUCGAGACAAAGUACUCAACUUCUUGAUAGAAAGCUUUAAAAGCCUGGCCAUCCCUUACCUGGAACACAUCAUCCAUGUUUGGGAGGAGACGGGCUCAGAAUUCCACAAUUGUCUGAUCCAGCUGUACUGUGAGAAGGUGCAGGGAUUGAUGAAGGAAUAUCUCAGCUCCUUCCCUGCAGAUAAAAUUCCAGUGCCUGCUGGAGAGGAGGAAGGAGACCUGGGAGAGUAUCGGAGAAAGCUGCUCUGUUUUCUUGAGAUUUCUAGCUGCUAUGAACCUAGUCGUCUCAUCAGUGAUUUCCCCUUUGAUGGCCUCCUAGAAGAACGUGCCCUGCUGUUGGGUCGUAUGGGGAAGCAUGAACAAGCCCUCAUUAUUUAUGUCCACAUUCUGAAGGAUACCAAAAUGGCUGAAAUGUACUGCCAUAAACACUAUGACAGAAGCAAAGAUGGCAACAAAGAUGUGUAUCUGUCUCUGCUCCGGAUGUAUCUAUCCCCACCUAGUGUUCAUUGCCUGGGGCCAAUCAAGAUGGAACUGUUGGAGCCUCAAGCCAAUCUCCAGGCUGCCCUGCAGGUUUUAGAAUUGCACCACAGCAAAUUAGAUACUACCAAGGCUAUAAACCUGCUCCCAGCAAAUACUCAAAUUAGUGAGAUUCGAAUCUUCCUAGAAAAAGUCCUUGAAGAAAAUGCCCAGAAGAAGCGAUUCAACCAAGUACUCAAAAAUCUUCUCCAUGCAGAAUUCCUGAGGGUUCAGGAGGAGAGGAUUUUGCAUCAGCAGGUGAAGUGUAUCAUCACAGAGGAAAAAGUGUGCACUGUGUGUAAAAAGAAGAUAGGAAACAGUGCAUUUGCCCGAUACCCUAAUGCAGUAGUUGUGCACUACUUCUGCUCCAAAGAAGUCAGUACGGCAGACACCUGAAACAUGUUGCCAUACAUUAGAUGGACUGCAUUAGCCACAACACUCGCAUGAAAUACAGAAGUGAAGACUUGUUUGGGAAAAUUGAUGCUCUGGAGUUUUGAGGCAUGUUGCUAGGAACAUCUUACAAAUAGCUUGUACCCAGCGUCUCUCUGGAAUGACUCUACCUACGACUUGGCAGUACUGACUUAUUCGAAAAUUGACUUUUUAGCUAUUAAAUUGCUGGCAACUAUAUAUACCUCUUAACACACCAAGAUGAGGAAGAAUGGAAAAUUGAUCAGCAAUGAGCUUGUAUUGCACUCCAAACCUUGCAGCCUAGUUUCUGAACACUUCUAUGGUGUUUACCAAUGAGGGCAUGUUUUAAAGUAUAAAAAAAAAAAAAAAAUUCUAUUCAGGUAAAAACUUCUUGAUCUGACCUUGUUUGUGGCUCAUUCUAAUAUUCCUCAAAAGGCAAAAUCCUUCAAAAGUCACUGCAACUGUAUUAACACUGUAUUGAAAUCUACUUUUAUCCACCAAGUUGGGGGAGGGAGGGAGCAAGCAAGAGGAUGAGAGGCUCUUGUGCCUGAUACUUGAACAAUUGUCUGAUUUCACCUUUCUCCCAAUGUUGGGAAUAACUAGAUGUUGAACAAAGGAACUUUUAUCUUUGAUGCCAAGAGUGCUUAUCAACUCCCCUUCUGAUACACAGAAGUUCCAUAGGAGUUAGUCACACACUAUAGGCUUCACUGGUAAGAAUUUAUUUUCCCCUUUUUGACUUUAGUUUGUUAGAGGUAUGUAAAUAUGAAUUAGCUCACACACUGUUUGCACUGUGUACAGUCACUUCCAACAUGAGUGGAUGCUUUUGAGAAGCAGCAACAACUAUCUGAAGAAGGGAAGCUCUCACUUGCACUUGUACCAAAAAGAACACUCCCUAAAAGUAACACUUUUGACAGGGACUGAAAUGUAUCUCUUGCUUGAGCUUCUAGAGCACAUUUGAGAUCCCUAUGUAUGUAAAUAGCUCUUCAGUCUCUAGUUCUCUCUCCAGCAUUAAAGUAAAAUAUAGACUGCAUUUCGAUGUCUCUGAGGGCUUUAGAUCAACUCCCUUCUGCCCAGGCUGGUGGUGGUGGUGUUUUUUUUUUUAAUUUUUCCUUUGGCCUGAGGAUUCUAAAUACACAAAACUGGAUGCGGUAUACUACUUCAUAGUCUGUAAUACUUUUGUCUUAUUUUUCCAUGAACUUUAAUCUGUAGCAAAGUUGAUAUAAGGGUACUUGCAUGUUCACUUACUGUACAAAGAAUUUGAGCAGCAGUGAAUAAAGGCAGCAGUAGCACAUGGUUCAGUGUAAUUGAAUGUGGGUAAUAACAUCCCAGUUUAGCCAUACUUCUAUAAUUAAGUAUUAAAUGAUAUGGAACAUGGCACACAAUUAUUAUACACAUUUUCUUUUAAAAUCUAUCAUACUCCCCAAACAAGGAGUCGAGAAAAUAAAUUUUAAAAACAAACCCAUCUGCCCAGGAUGUCAUUGAAUUUCACUGUUUACAUGUUUAAGUCCUUUUUUUAAACACUUUUAGCAACAGGUCUUCUGUAGGAUAUAAUUGAUCCUACCUCACCUUCAUAUACCCUGGUUAUAUAGCCUGCUCCUUCUGCCAUCUGUUUUUUGUUUCAAGGCUAUGGUUGCCAAUAACCUUGGAUGUCUUGGGUAAUACUGCUGGUGGUGCCUUUCUGUAGAGGUUAGGGGAGUUCCUAUGCUGAGAUGGAGUUACUUUUUUAACUUUCUAUUUGAACAAGAGAACCUAAUACAUGCUUGUAUUCAAUUUGCACAUAUUCUUUAUAGUGUUUAUCUACUAGUUCAGGUACAAGAGGAAGAUGUUUUGGGAGUUGACAGUGAAAGAAGGGUAUCAAGGCCCUAGAGUUUUUGCAGACAGAAGUCAAGACCUUUCUGAUAUUGGUAAGGAGGAUAGGUAAUUCAGACUAUCUGCUGCCAGUAAAUCUGCACUCUCUCACAGUUGGGGUCUGUAGUGUACUCUUCUUUCACGGUAAUGCUUAUGUGCCUCUGUUCAGCUUUUUUGCAUACAUUUGCAGAGGUGUGGUUUGAGCUACAAUUCUGCUGUCUGUUCUCAUCCCAUGGUUUAGAUUUACUAGCCAUAUGGAAGUUUUGUUUAAAGCAAUAUAUUGUAAUAAUAAAUAUUGUGAACCAG